AACGACUCCAAUUUACACUCCACAAUAUGUCUACCCUCCUUCUAGUAACAUAUUAUGGCCUACAAUGUCAGUUCCAGCUUAUUCUGCCCAGAGAAUGUACCAUCCAGGCAACUACUAUGCACUUUCUCAACGUUUUAUUCAACCAGCAAUAUAUCGUCCUCAAUAUUUUAUCCCCCGGACCGUUCCUCAGAAUUCUACAUUUAGACUUCCCUUACCAGUGAAGAGACAAAGUUUGGUGACUCCAUUUCAACUCAAAAAGGAUUAUUUCCCCAGUAAAUCAACUUCUACUGUUUUGAACUCCAAUCAGCCUCCAAAAAGAGUCAGUCGUUUUAAUGCCGAGUUGUGGAGACCUGAUGUUUCAGGGAGCCCAGAAUCUGCCUCGAAUAUUACCACAAACACAAAUUUAGUCCAACCGACAUUUGCUGUUCUACAAAACGGCCAGUCAAAGAAAAAGAAAAAUAGGUUUAAGAAGAAUCAAGCCAGUUUGGCGAAUGAAUUAGAAAAAAUGAGAUGUACACAAGACAUAACUACUGAGCACGACAUGAGGUGGCUGUCAAUGUCAUUUCAAGUUCGUUGGUCGAGAAAAGGAGUUCUGAGGUGACCACAAUUCACCAAAACAGACUUGAGCG